AUGCGCCUUCAGCAUGAAGGAACUUUCCUCUCUUUGAAGCCAUUGAAACGGUCUAGAGCAUUACCGCCCAAUGAAGAGAACAUGACGGAAACAGAAACCCGAUCAGUUUCGAUGAAGGUCCUGUGUCUCGGCUUUAGCCGUACUGGAACGAGAUGCAAGUCUAGCGCGCUGAGAGAGGCGCUCUUGACCUUGGGCUAUGUUCAUACCUACCACACAACAGAUGCUGCAUUCAUCAAUACCCGUGAUUGCCAGACAUGGCUAAAGUGGCUCCGGGCGAAACACGAUGGUAUUGGCCGAGUACCGGCACGCAAGGACUUUGAUAGCCUGCUGGGACACUGCCAAGCCGUGUGCGACAUGCCGGCAGCGUACUUUGCUGAGGAGCUCGUGGCAGCAUAUCCAGACGCCAAGGUGGUUCUCACCAUUCGAGACGUAGACAAGUGGCACAAGUCUGUCACGAACACCCUUGAAGUUGUCGACACAAGCAUCCUCUGGGCUACCAUUGGCCUCUUUGCCUCGCUCCUGCGGAUGCCCAACCGCUGGAACUGGCCCAUGUUCCAGAAGCUGCAUCAGGUCCUCUAUGACCACAACUUCCCCCAGAACGGUAAAGCAAGCUUUGAGGAGCACUAUGCGCGCAUCCGCUCUCUGGUUCCCGCGGAUCGCCUGCUCGAAUACCAUGUCAGCGAAGGGUGGGCGCCACUGUGUGCCUUCUUGGGCCGGCCAAUUCCUGAGGACAAUGAUACGCCCUUCAUCAACCGGACGUCCGAGAUUGAUGACAAGCUACUUACAAUGCACAUGGAGAACCUAAAGGCGCAGGGCAAGAGGGUACUGAACAUUUGUGCAUAUGUGGCGCUGGCUUGGUCGGUCGCCCAAGCACUGCGCCCUGUUUUGGAGCGUCAGAAUGGGAGAUUGUGGAUGUGA